ACCCACAAACAUACAUUUGUUACUUCGUAGCAAACCUUGAGGUGUUCUUAGAUUUCGAGCUAAGCUGCACGUACGUGCCCCUCUGCGUGUGGGCGUACGCCAUGAACGGCACGAGCAAGAAGAGCAGGGGCACGCCGCUGCUGGGCAAGUACGAGCUCGGGCGUCUGCUCGGCCGCGGCACGUUCGCCAAGGUCUAUCUCGCGCACACGGUUACCGGCGGCGAGCCUGUGGCGGUGAAGGUGAUCGACAAGGCGGAGGUGAUGGGCACGGAGGGCAUGGCGCCUCGCGUGCUCCAGGAGGUGGAGGCCAUGCGCCGGCUUCGCCACCCGGGAGUGCUCCGCCUCCACGAGGUGCUCGCCACUCGCGCCAGCAUCUACCUCGUCAUGGAGCUCGCCCCCCGCGGCGACCUUCAGUCCAGGCUCGCCGCUCUGCCAAGCCACCGGUUUUCGGAGAAGGCCGCGCGGCGCGUGUUCGUGCAGCUCACGGUGGCGCUCGCCCACUGCCACGCGCGCGGCGUGACGCACCGCGACCUGAAGCCGCAGAACCUCCUCCUCGACGGCGCCGGCAACCUCAAGGUCUCCGACUUCGGCCUCUCGGCGCUCCCAGACUCGUUCCGGGAGGACGGCCGCCUCCACACCGCCUGCGGCACGGCGGCCUACGCCGCGCCGGAGGUGCUCUGCAACAAGGCAUACGACGGCGCCAAGGCCGACGCGUGGUCCUGCGGAGUCACGCUCUUCGUCCUCGUCGCCGGCCGCCUGCCCUUCGACGACGCUAAUAUCCCCGAUAUGUGCCGGAAGGCGUGCCGCCGGCAGUACGUGGUUCCGCCGUGGGUGUCCCCGCCAACGAGCCGACUGCUGCACCGCCUGCUCGACCCGAACCCGGAAACCCGCGUCGCCGUAGAGGCUCUGGCGGGGACGCACCCAUGGUUCGUCAAGCGCUCCCUCAGCCUCGACUCUCACCUUGACGGCCUCCUCGACAGCCAGCCGGAGCGCGCGCUGGCGUUCCGGGCGCCGUCAGUGAACGCGUUCGACAUCAUAUCCACGUCGCAGUGGCUCGAUCUGUCCGGGAUGUUCGGCGAGAGCAGGAGGAGCAAGGAGAAGCGGUUCGUGACGACGGCAUCGCCGGAGCAGACGCUGGAGCAGCUCGGCCGGGCGGGCAGGAAGCUCGGGUACGUGGUCGUGGUGGGGAAGAAAGGAAGGGAGUGCCAGCGCUGUCCUCUAGGGGGGCUGACGAUAUCGGUGGAGAUUUCGGAGCUGGAGCCGCCGCUGAUGCUCGUCGAGAUGCGGCUGGAGAUGGACGACGGAGAGGUUCGAGUGUUUAGCUGGGAUCAGUUGAGGAUAGAGCUAGGGGAUGAUGUAGUUAGGGCUUGGGAUAGCUGUGAGGAUUUGCAACAAGUUUAGUUUAAUUUAGGAGAAGUUAUUUGAAAGCUUAACUAGUUAACGGACGUAUAAAAAAGUACUCUAAUAUAUCAAAUAUAUAUGUGAAUAUCUAGCUUGUUUAUUUA